UAUUCAAUUUUGCCGCCGUAUUAUUCUGACUAAAUCUGAGGCCAGCGAUGGUUGCUCCAUGUCCGACGACGAUCGGAGUGGAAGCAGAAUGAUAAUUGAAACAGAGUCCAGAGUUCCGAGGAAGACGCUAUGGGUUGCGGAGGAUCAAAAGUAGAUAAUCAACAGAUUGUGAUUCUCUGCAGAGAGAGGAAGGAACUGAUUAAAGCGGCGUCGUAUCAUCGCUCUGCUCUCGCCGUCGCUCACUUAACUUACUUCCAGUCUCUCUCCGACGUCGGCGAGGCUAUUCAACGUUUCGUUGACGAUGAAGGCUUAUUAGUUGGUUCUUCUUCUUCUUCUUCUUCGCCGGAUUCUCCUGUUCUUACGUUACCGUCCGACGAAGGCAAGCCGAAGAAGCACCAGAGGAUCUCUCCUUCUUCAACCACCUCCAUUUCUCAUUCCAUCAUCGAAGAAGAAGAUGAUUCGCAUUUGCAUCUAAGCUCCGGAUCCGAAUCCGAAUCCGAAUCAGAAGCUGGAUCGAACGAUCAUAUCCAAAUUGAAAGCACCCCGGAACAAGAACGGUCAACUCAAACAUUUCAUUCCGGUUAUGAUCCAACUACCUAUGCUCCACCGGUUUACCCACCCGGUUAUCCACCAAGUUACCCGCCUGGUUAUAUCCCUGGUUAUCAACCGAGUUAUCCGUCGGGAUAUUCACCGGGUUACCCGAGUUUCAAUCCAAACGCAAAUCGAGGAAUGUAUUUUAUGAAGAAAUCUGCGCCACAAUCACGACCGUUCAUUUUUCAGCCGGAGAAUCAUCGAGUGGAGAACGCACAAUGGCCGUCGGAUUCUGGAUUCGGAAACAAUGGAGUGCAGCGGAGAUCGCCGUCACCGGCUCCUCCUCCGUCACCGCCUACGGUUUCAACUUGGGAUUUCCUGAAUGUAUUUGAUACCUAUGAUUACAGCAACGCUCGUUCUCGUGCAUCGGGAUAUUAUCCGAUGGGAAUGGCGUCAAUCUCAAGCAGUCCAGAUUCGAAGGAAGUUAGAGAAAGAGAAGGGAUUCCUGAACUGGAAGAAGUAACAGAGCAAGAAGUGAUCAAGCAAGUGUACAGACGUCCUAAGAGAACAGGACUGGAGAAGGUGAAAGAACACAGAGACGAGGACGAGUACAACGCUGUUCCUGAGAGGAACAUUAACAAAAGAGGCUCUGUUGGUGAGGAAACAAUGAGGGCUGUGCCAGUGCCAGAUAAAGCCACUGAGAGCUCAUUGGAUUCAGAGACUGUGUCAUCUUUUUCAGGAAGUGAUGUAGACUCUGAGUUUCAUUAUGUUAAUGGUGGUGAAGGAAAGAGCAGCACCAGUUCUAACAGUCAUGAGACGCUAAUGGGGAGGAAGAGCCCCGGAGAAGUAGGAGAGGAGUAUGGGAGGAAGAAAGGAGUGAGCUUUGAGUUGGAGGAAACAAGUUCUUCCUCUUUUGAUGUUGAAUCUUCCAAGAUAAGUAGCUUAUCCAGUUUGUCGAUCCAUGCCACUAGGGAUCUCAGAGAAACUGUGAAGGAGAUCAAGAGUGAGUUCGAGGUUGCUUCUUCGUGUGGGAAGGAGGUUGCUGUAUUACUUGAGGUCGGCAAGUUGCCUUAUCAGCAUAAAAACAACGGCUUUAAAGUUAUCUUAUCCAGGAUCAUGUAUCUGGUAGCACCAUCCACACAGUCAUCGCAUUCUCAUCCCAGGCUAUCGAUACGUUUAACAUCUAGGACACGGAAAAUGGCAAAAGCAUACAAUGGACAAGAUGUUAAUGGAGGCUUCAAUGGAAACCUCUCAUCAACCUUGGAGAAACUGUACGCCUGGGAAAAGAAAUUGUACAAGGAAGUUAAGGACGAAGAAAAGUUUCGUGCCAUUUAUGAAGAGAAGUGCAGGAGACUGAAAAAAAUGGAUAGUCAUGGAGCUGAAUCUAUCAAGAUAGAGGCUACUCGGGCAGCCAUUAGGAAGCUUCUGACUAAAAUCGAUGUUUGUAUAAGAUCAGUUGAUUCAAUUUCCAGCAGAAUCCACAUACUCAGAGAUGAAGAGUUGCAACCACAAUUGACACAUUUAAUACACGGAUUGAUAAGAAUGUGGAGAUCGAUGCUUAAGUGCCACCAGAAACAGUUCCACGCAAUCAUGGAGAGCAAGGUUCGAUCUCUCAAGGCGAACAUAACCUUACAAAAAGACUCUGGCUCAAAAGCAAUUCUUGAUCUUGAGAUGGAGCUUAGAGAAUGGUCUAGCAGCUUCAACAACUGGGUUAACACCCAGAAAUCCUACGUCCAGUCCUUAAGCGGAUGGCUCUCGAAAUGCCUUCACUAUGAACCUGUGGCAACAGAGGACGGAAUCGCUCCUUUCUCUCCUAGCCAGAUAGGUGCACCGCCCAUCUUUAUCAUAUGCAAAGAUUGGCAAGAAACAAUGGGUAGAAUAUCUGGAGAUAAUGUGACCAAAGCUAUGCAAAGUUUCGCUUCAAGUCUACACGAGCUCCGGGAGCAGCAAGAAGAAGAGCAAAGGGUAAAAGCGCAAUUUGAGCAGCGAGAUGCGGAGUCAGAGAGAAGUUUGGUUUCGAGAGGUAAGUCAGAGAGCGGGAUAUCGGCUUUGGAUGAUCUGAAAGUGGAUUUAGAUUCAAUGAGGAAGAAGCUAGUAGAGGAAAGAGGUAAGCGUAAAGAAACCAUUAAGGUUGUGAACAACGCGUCUUCAAGUAGCUUGAAAAACGGUUUAGUUCCCAUUUUUGGGGCAUUGAGAAAAUUCACAGCAGAAGUUGUGAAAGCUCAUGAAAUUGUUAGGCUACAACAUCCUCAGACUUCUUCUUGAGUAGAGAGAGUGUGGACUCACCACGUUUUGCACCGUAUUGAAGUUUUUGUUACUUACAAAUUAGAUAUACAAUAUAGAUUCAUAUAGGAAAACUCUUUUAUAGAUAUGCUUAUAUUCAUUUAUUGACUGGUUAGUUUGCUUUGUAAGCCGCUUUUAAAUGGUGAAGAAGAAGAAAUUAUCUAGUUUUCUCUGUU